AUGAAUUAGAGCAAUAAAAGUCUUAACAGCACAAUGACUCGGAUUAAGCAGUUGUCAACCGGCCCUCCUAUCGAGGUUGUGCCUAGCGAGAUCAUAUUUAAAGAUAUAUAGAUAAAUUAGACUUAUGAAAUCACUGUCUUUGUGAGAAAUUUAACAUAGACUGCUAGGCGAAUUCGAGUUUUUCAACCUCAUUCUAACUUCAGAUGUGAUUAUGAAAUGCAAGGUGCAAUAGCAGCAGGUCUCUCAAUGAAACUGAUAGUAACAUUUGAAACAGCCAGUUUGGAAUAGUAUUAGGACUCUUUGAAAAUUGUGUCGGAUGGUAACUAUACAAUUGAUGUACCGCUUUUUGCCUUUCCUCCUCAAGCUGCUAUAGUAUUUGAGCCAUUUAUUAAUUUGGGGUUUGUUCGAGUGGGGAAGGAAAAAGUGGAUAAUAUAUACUUCAAGAACGAAGGUCGAUCAACUGGCAAGGUAGAACUAAAAAUUGAUCGUUUGCCUGACUUCAAAAUAGAGCCGACUACUUUCAGUUUAGGACCAGGACUAGAAUUUACGGUUAAGGUACAUUAUAAACCAAAAGAUGCUGGAAUAUUUCGUGGUUUAGUAGAAGUAAUAGCAGAUGGUUAAAGUCUACAGAAAACAAUAGACAUUAAUGCCACAUCUAUAGAAUUUACUCGAUUUUUGAUAGAUGACACUGGAGUUUAGAACAAUUUUUUUGAUUUUGGUUAGAUUUACUAUGGAUAAUACAAGCAGAUUGAAACGUAUUUAGUCAAUAACACUCCGAAGUAACAAAAAUUUAAAGUGAAAUUGAAGAAAGGAUUGCAUUAAUAAGAAGAUGCACUUAAAUUGCAGACUCCAGCAGAACUUGGUCUUGAGUAAACAGAAAGAAUCAUGGAAUGUUUUCCUGAGGAAGGUGUUUUGGAAAGCUAUUCAUAAAUUGCAAUAGUGUUUAAAUGUAAACCUAAGGUCUCAGAAGAAUAACAAGUAUGGACUAGAUCAUUUGCCUUGUCUCCCGAGUAAUUGAAACCAGAUUACGAUGAAUUUCAUUAUUCAGCAAUUUUCGAUUUUUAAGAUAAUGAGCCUUUGAUGAAUCAUUUGUAAGUGAGAUGCAUUUGUCCUACAAUCAAAUUCCCACCAACUGCAAUUUUACAAUUUGGAGUAUGUCCUGCCAAUUAAAGCAAAGAAAUAGUUUUUGAAGUCACUAACAAAUAGACAGAGUUGCCGAUUCAAAUUCAUUGGCCUGUAGUUCCUUAUUUUUCAGUGAAUCCAACAUUAUCAACCCUGUAACCUGAGGAAAAGUAAAAUUUUUGGGUAAGCUUCAAGCCUAAACACACUGGAAAUUUCACAACUGUUAUAAGUGCUGAAUUGCUUGGAGGGAUCUUCAAAAUACCUGUGAGAUUGGCUGGUGUGAGUUAAUAAUUUACUAAUAAAUUAUAAGUUAAAAGAGGGCCAGAAUCACUCCCAGAGGAUUUUGAGAUGAAACACACCAUUACUAAGGAGUAAAGCAUUAGCAAUAUUAAAUCAAUUGAGAAGGUUUAAACUUUGGAUAUAUCCUAAUCCGUUUAAUCUUUGGUUCAGCAAGGAAUUUCUUUGGACAAAAUUGAGGAAUUAAAGCAAAAGUCAUUAAAUAAAGAAAUCUAUAAUGAGUAUUUAAAAUUGCAUAGGGAAUAACGAUUAAAAAAGGUUAAGGAUAAGAAAAUCAAACAGAAAUUUACUUAGAUGAAUGAACGAUUGAAGGAAAUCAAGUAGGAGCCAGUUAAACCUUCUGGAGCUGCUAAGAAAUAAGAACCAGAUGAAGAACCAAAGCCUGAACCACCAAUCGAUUAUGAGUUUGCAGUCGGAAUGUAAGAUGAUGGAUAUGAACAGGAAUUACCUUUACCUGAAGCAAAUGAGACUCUUUUUGUUACUAAGCCAAUCUUUCAUUAUGAGCCACUUAUUUAAAAUUAAUUAAAGGAAGGAAAACAACUGAAACCAUUUGAGCCAGAUCUUAGAAAUAUUCAAAAAAAGAAAUUCCCAUUUGAACCUAAAACACAUAGUGAAAUCAGAGAUACAAGUGCUGAAUUGAAUGCAGAUUAAUUACAGAAAAUACAAGCAGGUCCUGUUAAAAUAGAAUUUGGGAAUGUUUUCAUAAAAAGUACAGUAAUCAAAUACUUUUAUGUAAGAAAUGAUCUCAGAAAUUCUAUUAGUGUUAGAUUGCAUACUGACAAAGAAGAUUUUAAUUAAUCAUACAUAAAACCUUAGAUCAUUCCUAGUGGAUAGACAGCUUAAUUUGACGUUAUUCUAUGUUCAAAAUAGUUAGGAUAGAUUAAAACACAUCUAAAAUAUGUAAUAAAUGAGAAUCACAUAUUUGAAUUUCUAGUUUAAGCCAAUAUUGAGAGAGUCUUUUUAGAGAUGAAUAGAACUCAAAUUAAGUUUGGAUUUAAUGAAGAUAACAAUGAAAUGGAAACUGCUGAAAUAGUUCGCUUAACAAAUAAUGGGAAUGCUGAAGCCAAAUUUAGAUGGAUAACAACUGAAAAAAAGAUAUUUUAUGUUCAACCUGACUCAGGUGUAGUGCCAAGUGGUAAAUAUAUGGAGUGUUAAGUCAUUUACAAACCAAGUUAAUUAUAGCCAUUGCCUCCAGAAGUGAAAUAACCAGUUGGUACAUAGUAAUAAUAACAAGAUAAAAAUGCAUAAGGUUAGCAAUAAUAAUAGACGUAGUAGUAAUAAUAAUAAUCAAUAACUAUACCUUAAUAGUAGGCCACAAUCGCCACUAUUAGGAAUGAGGAAGAAAAAUUAACAUUAAAAACAGAAGACGGAUUAGAUUAGAACAUAAAGUGUACGGGAGUUGUCUCUGAACCUAAAUGUGCGAUAAAAUAAGCUGUCAUAGAUUUUAAAGAGAUAGUGGUAUGUAAAUAGGAGGCAAAGGUUUUGACUCUUAAGAAUCUAUCUAAAAGUUCUGCAGUAUUUUAAGUUUAAACAUCAAAGCUGCCAGAAGGAAUCGAAGUAUAUCCAAUCAAAGGAAAAAUAAGUUCAGAAGAUUCAAGAGAUUUAUAGGUUAAAUUUCUUUCUAAGGAUGAAAAAAUAGUUAAAGGAGAAAUAAUCAUUUUAAUUAGAGGAGGCAAAUAACUACAAGUACCUGUUAUUGGAUCUGCUAUAAUACCUAAAAUUGAAAUUGUGGAAGAAGAAUUUGAUUUUGGAAACAUUACUACUUUAGGAACAAGUAAUUAGUUAACGAUGACUUUGGUUAAUAAUUCAACGAUACCUGUUGAUUUAGUUUUAGAUUUGAGACAUCAAAAUGAGAAUCCCAGAGCACCGGAUGGAAUAGAUUGCUUAGAAGUUAAACCUUAAGAUGAGGAUGAUACUAUUUUGCAUUCUAUUCACCCUGAGAAUGAGGAUGAACCUGCUCCAAAAAUGGAUGAAUCCUUGGAUAAUCAAUCUGAUAAAUCUGAAUAAAUUGAUUUGGAAACUAAGGAGUACAGAUCCUAUAAUUUAACCAUUUUACCUGGAACGACUUAGGUGUUUUUGAUGAAAUUCUCCCCUAAAGAUGUAAAACAUUAUCAGUUUGAUAUGCCAAUCACUCUGGCCAGAUUCAAUUAGAAUUUACCUUCUUUGACUAGAAGAGUGUCUUGUAAAGGACUUAAACCUAAAUUCUUAGUGGAACCUCAAUCUAUAGAGUUUAAGAAAAAGAUUAUUACAUCUCCUGAUAAAUGCUAUCCAACAGUAGAAGAGAUCAAACUAUCAAAUCCAGAUAGAAAGGAUGUGAAAUGGCGUAUUGAUACUUCCCCAUUAAAAAUUGAAAAGAUAUUUACAAUAGAACCAAGUGAAGGCAUAGUAGCCUCUGGAUAAUAGGUGAGAAUUAGAGUGAAAUUCAACCCUUAUGGACCAGGAGUAUUUUCAUCAACAGUCUCCCUUUAUAUUGAAUCAGAUCCUGACAUUCCAAAGACUUUGCCAUAUGUUGAUUUAAUAAUUUAAGGAUCAGGAGCAUAUCCCAGAUUAUUAUUCGAUAAAAAGGAGGUCAUUCUACCAGUAGUGCCUCUGAAUGUAGUUUCAAAAUGUUCAUUCAAGAUAAUAAAUGAUGGAUAUGAGAAUUUGAAUCUAAAACACAAUUGGUCAAGUGAAACAAGCAACUUUUACUUAGAAUUAAAGUUUCCAGAAGGGUAAACAUUGGGAGUUGCUAAAAGUAAAUUAAGGGUUGAUGUGUAUUUUUCUCAUAAAAAGCCAAUAUCAUUUACAACUAGAGCAGAAUUUUAGGAUGAAGGCAGAGUGUACUCAAUAUAUGUGUCAGGGACGACAGAUAACUGUUUAUUGACAAAUUAGAUAUACUUGUAGAGAAUACAAAAGUACCAAAUGGUAGCUGAUGAGAAAAAGCCAGUGAUGUUCUAAGAAGAUGAUGGAGCUGACAGUGAUAAUGAGAAAAUGAAACGAAACCAUACUAUGUCUGUAAAGAGUACAACAAGUUCAAAAGGAACUUCCCAUUUAGGAUAUAGACCUUUAGAUGCAGAAACCUAGAAUGAAGCUUGUGAUUAUAUUAUGAGAUGGAUGAAUUAUCAUGUUCUCACUUAACCUAUGAAUAAGUUCCCAGAAGAUAUUGUAACCAAUUUUGGGUAACAAAUAUUUGAGUUAUUAACAUUUCUAACAGGCAAGGCCAAUUUCCAAUAUAAGGCUUAGAUUGACUAAAAUUGGAAACGCCAACAAAAAGCAGAGGCGUAGUUUAAACAAUAUGAUGAACUUGUAAGACAACUGAAAAUAGAAGGAGCUCUUCUGAAUCACAUAAGAUCCGAAUACUUAUUGGGACAUAAUGAUUAUAAUGCAUGGUUAAAGACUGUGCCUAAAGAGAAAUACGAGUUUGUACCGGAUAAUAGAUUAUAACUAAGCUAAGCUAAGUACAACUACUUACACUAUGAUGCAUGGAUUUCAACAUUCUAUCAAAUAAUUAAAAUAUAUUAUUUAAAUAGAAUAACAGCAAAAUCGUUUAAACAAUUGCCAGGCAUUCCAACUGAGAGAUUGAACAUUCCAGAUUAUUACUUAGAUGGAUCUAAUGUAAUCUCUCAUGCAGAAGGUGUUAUUCUUUGGUUCUAUGAGGUUUGUUAUGAACAACAACAUACAGGUUAGAUUAGAAGGUUAAGUAAUUUUGCAUCCGAAUUCAAGGAUAGCUUACUUGUAGCUGAUGCAGUGACUUAAUUCAUUGGUCCUAGCAUGUAGAAGUUCUUUAGCAAUUUAAGGACUAAUUUGUAGAGUGAAGAUGAUUAUAGACAUAAUGCCGAUAAAUUAAUGCCAGCUUUAAGCGAUUAUGGUUUACAAUCACAUGUUCAAGCCAGGGAUAUCUAUUAUAAACCUUAUCCAAGGGAAAUGUUGAUGAUGUUGGUCCAAUUGUUUUUCUCUCUUCCUCAUUAUGUCCCUUAGAAGGAACCCAUUAUUUUCUAAUGCAUCUUGGGUGAGGAAGUAAUAAAAUCGAUUGAAUUACGAAAUCCGACUCCAAAGCCAAUUAGUUAUUUUGUUAAAUAUGAGGGACACCCUGACUUUUAAUUGGAAGGAGAUGAGAGCAUUAAAAUUGAGCCUGACAUACCUUAUAAUUACAAAGUGAAAUUCACUUCUCGUAUUUCUCUGCCUGUAACAGGUAGAGUGAUUUUCACAAACAAAAAAGAGACGAAUGUUUAGGCAGCAGCACUAGUAUUUGAUUUGAAAAGUAAUAUCACAGGAAGGAAGUCUGAAAAGUAAUGGAAUGUCAGUUCAAUUUUAUAUGAGAUUUUUGACUUCCAGAUCUAAAUUACCAAUAAAUUUCCAUAGGAUGGUGAGUUCUAGAUAUAAGUGAUACAUGAAAAGAAGUAAAUAGAACAAAGAGGCAAAAAGAAGAAGGCUCCUCCAGCAAAGGAUGCUCCUCUUGAAGAGGAAUUCCCUUCAUUCUUUUGCACAAUUGACCGACAAAGAAUCAGGAAGAAUUAAACUAUCAAUCUAUCAUUGACCUAUAUUCCAUUAACAAUAGACACACACAAAUGUUCUCUGAUAUUUACAGAUCCAAAUGUGGGUGAAUUCUAACACGAUUUAUAAGGAACAGUUGAAUAACCGAAUAUCAUAGGUGAAUUUAAACCAGACAAAUCAUUGUAUGUUGAUAGCACUUAAACAAUAUCCUAUACGAUUCCAUUUAGAAAUGAAUAGUUAGCUCGUGCUCGUAGUUAGAUUCAACAAUUGGUCUAGAUGAAAUAGAAAGAUAGAUAUUUAAAAGGUGACAAACAAGCCUCAAGUUUAACAGCCUCUAAAAUCAAUUUCCCAGGUUCUAAUUUAGAUAUCAUCACUUUUGAAGUAGAAAUAUAUCCACCAACACAAUACUUGAAUCUACCACCUACACUCUAAAUAACAGACUUAAAUAAAUAGACAAAAAAGCCAGGCACUGAGAAUAUUGAUUGUAAAUUACCAAUUCUGUAUGCUUUCAAGAAUGCAACCAAAGACUUUAGUGUCAUUCUAACUCUAAGAAAUAAAUUCGAUAUUAGAAGAUAUAAAUUAUCGGCAAUAGUGUUACCAAAGAUUGUUAAGGCCAUGUUAGAAUUUAGGGUACCUGCAAGAUAAUCUGUAAUAUAAGAAAUUCCGAUUGUAAAUCAAACAGAUAGGGAUUGGCAAAUAAAAGUUCAACUUUCAGAAUCAAAAGGUUUAUUCUAAUGUCCUUAAAGAGACUUUUUUGUCAAAAGAAAAGCCACUAGUAAUUUUCCAAUUACUUUUAGUCCAUCUUGGCUAUAGGAGUGUGAAGCUAAAUUAGUAUUAACCAAUCCAACGACGAAUGAUGUUUUUGAGUAUGAUCUAAAAGGUUAUGGGGAAGAACCAGUAGCAGAAGAACAUAUCAUUCUAAAUUGCUAGGCUAGAAAAGUAACAAAGAAGGAAAUUGAAUUGAGGAACCCAACAGAUAAACCAAUAAUUUAUGCUGUUGAAACAGAUUUGAUCUAUGCCACAGGACCUUCAUAAAUAGUUGUUUAACCAUAAAAGAAAGCUAACUAUGUAUUGCAAGUGUAACCAGUCCUAAGUGGCCAAUACACAGGAUCAAUAACAUUUACAGAUGAACAAGGACAUUUUUUAUGGUACACAGUAUUCAUGAACACUGAAUCUCCGAAAUCAGUUCAAACACUUGAAGUUUCUUGUUUGAUAAGAUAAGCUACAGUCAUUCAAUUAACACUGGCUAAUCCUCUUACAGAAACUGCAAUUUAUGAGGUUAUGAUAAAUGGAGAAGGUUUAAUAGGAGAAGAACAAUUUGCAAUUGGUGCUAGAAAGGAAGCUGGAUAUGAAUUGACCUUUGCUCCAUUAAAAAUUGGUAGGUGGAGAGGAAGUGUUGCAUUUGUAAAUAGAUUAUUAGGUGAAGUGUGGUACGAAUUCAUCCUCACAUGCGAAGACCAGCCCAUUGUGAGAUUGAAUGUCUUAAAAGCCUCUUUGGGUAAGGUUGAAUAAUAGGUAGUCGUACUCGAAAACCCAUCUGAUUAAAAGAUACAAGUCUAAUGCAGAAUUACUAAUCCUACUAAUUUUGAUAUAUAUCCAGAUUAACUCUAAAUAUAACCCUAUGAUUCUUUGAAGGUUGCACUUAGAUACACCCCAUCCUCAUUAGAUAUCAUAGAACAAUCAGACAUCAUAUUUACUUCUCCCAUAGGUAAAUGGCACUAUUUGGUCUUUGGAAGUGGAUUACCUCCUACCAAAUUCCCAGCUACCACUGUUAGUAUUGGAUUAAACAAAGAUUACAGUUCAGUCAUUCAUUUUAAAAACCCAUUCAAAGAACCUAUUCAAGUUUCUAUUUCAUUAGAUGCAGAAGGUCACAAUCAAGAAGUUUUUAAGCUAUUGCUUGUCAGAAAUCAAAAAAAUGAUAAAACUCUUGUUCCAGGGAUGAAUGUUCUACAAGUUCCUUUCUCAUUUGUACCCAGAGAAAUUACAAGCUAUUAUUGUGAAGUUGUCAUCUCAAUGAAUGAGAAGAUUUAAUGGCAUUUCCCUGUUAAAGGAGUCACUGAAUCUGUCUCUACUUAGACUCUUUUCCAUUUCAAGGCUAAAUGCAGGGAAAAAUGGGAAGAUGAAAUUAAAGUAGGUUUGUAAGGAAUUGCAUAGAGUUUAUAAGCAGAUGAUAAAUUUGACUUUGAGUUGGGUGGAAUGCCUUUGGAUUUAUAGACCAUGAUUUAAAAAUGCUUUACUAUUAAGUGUCUCAAAAAUCACCUUGAUAGUCCUCAUGAUAAUUUGCUUUAUUUUGUAAGGUUUCAACCAAUGAAACCCUUCAAGACUUCUAUGGAGUUUAUAGUACUCAGACAAUCAGGAGGAAGAUGGAAAUAUAAAAUUCAAUUGGAAGCCACAGAACCUGAGGAAGAUGAUACUAUUUUAAUUAGUUCUCCUCUUAAUAAAACGACAAGUGUCUCAUUUAAAUUAACAAAUAAAACAAAAAACUAUAGUAAAUUUACUGCUGCCUUCUCUCCUGAGUCAGAUGCUGAAUUUUCAGUCAUACCUAAAAUUGGAGAUCUAGAACCUUAUGGUAGAGAAGGGACUACCUUCAUUAUUAGUUUCACACCAGUUGAAUAUGGCAAAAUUAGAAAGGGUAAAUUGAUAAUUUAGACUGAAGAUAUGUAUUGGUCUUAUUCUAUUAGAGGAGUCUUACCAAGAUAUGUUCCUCCUUAGAUUAAAUAAUCUUUAGUCGAUAACAGAUAAUAAUAAUAAUAAUAAUCUUAAAUUCAAAUGUCAAUGACCUUGAGUAGAAACUUUGUUGUGGAUAAUAUAAAGAAAGCAAGGCAAUUAUCGCCAAAAAGUGCUCGUAAUUAAUUGAGUUUACCAUUAAUUGAAAAAAAAUGA